AUAUUAAGUUUUUUAAAUUAGUUAUUUAUAACUAUUCUUUAGUUUUUAACUUCUCGUAAUUCAGUGAAUUAAAAAUAUAUAUGUGUAUAAAUUACCUCGAAUCACCAUGGGUAGUGUUUACGAAACAACUGCUUAUAGCCGAAUUGAAACACCAGAACAAUCUUUAACACCCGGCAAAGCAAUGGGUUCAAUGAUACGUAGUGAGGAGAUGGUCUUGUGCCAAUUAUUCAUCCAACCGGAAGCAGCUUAUUCAACUAUUUCAGAAUUGGGUGAAGCUGGAAUUGUUCAAUUUCGUGAUUUAAACGAAACAAUAAAUUCAUUUCAACGUAAAUAUGCUACAGAAGUGAAGCGUUGUGAUGAAAUGGAACGCCAAUUACGAUAUUUUGAAGCUGAAAUGAAUAAAGAUGGUGUAAAUAUUCCAGAAUUAACAGAAUUACCACGUGCUCCAAAUCCAAGGGAUAUGAUUAAUUUAGAAGCACGUUUAGAGAAAACCGAAAGUGAUAUUGUGGAAUUAAGUCAAAACGCACGUAAUUUAAAAUCAUCAUACUUGGAAUUGUGUGAAAUGCAACAUGUGUUAGAAAAAAGUCAAUUAGAACAAGAACAAAGUGGUCGUAUGCGUGGAGAGUCUGUUGUAUCAAGAACUUUAGUUGACGAAGAUUCACUUGUUAAUCGAGGCCGACUUGGUUUUGUUGCUGGCAUGGUGGAGCGUGAACGUAUACCAGCAUUUGAGCGUAUGUUAUGGCGGGUAUCUCGUGGUAAUGUUUUUCUACGACAAGUACCAUUAGAUAAACCAUUUGAAGAUCCAAUCACUGGCAAUGAACUUUAUAAAACAGUAUUUGUAGCAUUUUUCCAAGGAGAACAAUUAAAAUCGCGGGUAUUGAAAAUAUGUUCUGGUUUUCGUGCAUCAUUGUAUCCAGUACCGGAUACAGAAAAAGAACGUUCAACCAUGUUACAAGAUAUCAAAACACGUAUACAAGAUUUAGCCACGGUAUUAAAUCAAACACAAGAUCAUCGUUCACGUGUAUUGGUAUCCGUAUCAAAAGAACUGCAAACCUGGACGGUUAUGGUGCGUAAGAUGAAGGCGAUUUAUCAUACAUUAAAUAUGUUUAAUGAUGAUGUUACAAAAAAGUGUUUGAUUGGAGAAUGUUGGGCUCCAGUAAAUGAUUUACCAACUGUGCAAGAAGCUUUACGCAUUGGAUCUAACACUUCGGGGUGUUCAAUUGCUUCAUUUUUAAAUAUUAUUAAUACAAGUGAAAUUCCUCCAACGUUUCAUCGCACCAAUCGUUUUACCAAAGGUUUCCAAAAUAUUAUUGAUGCAUAUGGAAUUGCAUCAUAUCGGGAAGCUAAUCCAGCUUUAUACUCAAUAAUUACAUUUCCAUUUUUAUUCGCUGUUAUGUUUGGUGAUUUGGGUCAUGGUUUAAUAAUGUUCCUAUUUGCAUUAUUUAUGGUUCUACGUGAGGACUACUUUUUGAAAAAAAAAUCCACUAAUGAAAUAUGGAAUAUAUACUUUGCUGGGCGUUAUAUAAUAUUAUUAAUGGGUGCAUUCUCAAUGUAUACGGGCUUUGUGUACAAUGAUAUUUUCGCAAAAUCAAUGAAUAUUUUUGGUUCAAGAUGGCAAAAUUAUUUUAGUGCAACAGAAAUAUUAAAUAACACUGGAUCAGGCGGUAUAACGUUUUACCCAGAUUUUGCGUACAAAGGUACACCAUAUGUGUAUGGUAUAGAUCCUGUUUGGCAAUUGGCUGAUAACAAAUUAAUAUUUUCUAAUUCGUAUAAAAUGAAAAUGGCUAUAAUUAUUGCUAUUGUUCAUAUGUUGUUUGGUAUCUGUAUGACAUUGGUUAAUAUUGUGCAUUUCAAAAGAUGGUCUGAAAUUUUGGUAGAAUUUAUACCGCACGUAGUAUUUUUAUCCUGCCUAAUUUUAUAUUUAGUUUUUAUGAUCUUUUUUAAAUGGUUUAAAUACAGUGUUUUUAAUGAACAAAUAAACGGUGCUGGAUGUGCUCCAUCAAUUUUAAUUUUAUUCAUUGGGAUGUUUUUACAAAGUCCGCCAGACGUUUCCGAGGGUUGCGGUGAUGGUUACAUGUAUGCAAACCAAAAGUAUUUUCAAUACGUUAUACUUGCACUCGCAUUAAUUAGUGUUCCAAUUAUGUUAUGUGGAAAGCCCUUAAUUAUUAUGCACAGAAGAAAAAAUGCUCAAAAGUACAAUCGACAUGAAAAUGGUAUCGAGUUAACAUCAACAGCUUUAAAUUCUCAGGAUAGUUCUGCACCAGCGGCAUCAGCUGGCGGAGCGCAUGGUCAUGACGAUUUACCAAUGGCUGAAGUAUGGAUUAAUCAAGGCAUUCACACAAUUGAAUUUUGUUUGAAUGCAAUUUCGCAUACAGCAUCAUAUUUACGUUUGUGGGCGUUAUCGUUGGCACAUGCACAAUUGUCGGAAGUAUUAUGGACCAUGGUAUUAUCAAUGGGAUUGAAAGGAGAAUUAUAUACCGGAGCUGUGGUCUUAUAUUUUAUAUUUGCUGCUUGGGCAUUCUUUAGUUUAGCUAUACUCGUUGUGAUGGAAGGUUUAUCAGCAUUUUUACAUACUUUACGUUUACAUUGGGUGGAAUUUAUGAGUAAAUUUUACGCAGGUGAAGGCUACGCAUUUGAACCAUUUAAAUUUACGACUCUGUUGAAUGAAACUGAAGAAGAAUAAUAUAAAUUUAUUUUUUGUAAUUGUUCGACAGUGGCAUGUCUUCAUGAACAAAAUAUGUACUU